AUGUCACCCGUCCCCCUCGCCCCUGACUCAAUGACGACAACACACCGACAACGCCAUAACACGCCUCGCCAUGCGAUUGGCAUGGGAACGGUGAGUGUUAUUUGCCCCUGAUCACGUAAAAACUCUGUAACUACGCUCGUUUUCAACUUUGUAACUGUUUUGGCCUAACGACGAGUUACCGAAAACAAGUGUUUGCCAAAUAGGCCAUUUAAUGCUGAUUUUGAUCUACUAUGCAGCCUGUGGCUUGUGUCGCGUUUGUGAUAAGUAUGAUAGUAGCUCGCGUAGUUUAGAAUGACGUUAUUCGAACCGAUGUGCUCAUCCGAUCGGUAAUAUUGACAUUAACAUAAGAGAACCUCAAAUGAGACAUAUGUCUUUGGUCUUCUCGACGGCAUCAAAAUGCAAAAUUUUAUGGCCAUGCUUUUUUCGAUUAGUUUACCUAAAUAUAUACCUGCAAUAAGCCGGCCGCUGAAGGGGAUUAAUGUGAAACGUUGCACAACAUUCCGACAAUCCCAGAGAUUAAAUUCAUAAUCCAGAAAGAAGUUAGCAGAUGAAUCCAAAAUUUGCUUGUACUUGUACAGAGGGGGACUGACAGAGAAUUACAGUGAUUGCUGAAGCGCGCACAAAUGUCUGUGUAUGCCGUCAAACAGAAGCCUGUACGCUCAUACGCGAACACCAAUUGCAGGUAAAGAUGCGAGACCACUUGAUUAAAAUAGCUAAUGCAUUCCCCGGACUCUGGGUACACCCUCACUUGGGGAGAACUCGCGUUUUCGGUGUCUGUCGUUGUACAAAUUGUCUCCAUUUACUCAACUUAAUGCACGAGGAUAAUGCAUGCAUUAAUGUGUUUAUAAAGCUGGAUGCCAUAUAACACGGAGACAUUGAAGAGGUGAGAGUGAACAGAAUAGAAUGGCGGGGAUUCUGGUUACUCAGCGGUGCAAACGAAAAUCAACUGCCAAUUUUCCAGGAAGCAUACUCCUAUUUCUUUGUGCUUGGCUGUUAAAAAUUUACAGAUGGAAACUUUAGUUCAUCGCUGCGUACGAGGCCGCCUCCAUAGUUUCUCCGACAUAGUUGCUUUGUGCACAACUAAGCCAGAUCCGGUAAACGACUCCAAAAGCUUCCUGCCGUGGCAGCGGGUUUUUUUGGCCUCAUGUCUUAGCGCCUAAUGAUUGCUUCCGUCCUGUAUGCAACCCCAACUCCAAGUGGAGUGAGAAGAUGCUUGAAGGCUGCACGUACGGAAGAACGUACGCCAAGAUUUGGGACGGUUGGAUUUUAUCUCUAGUGUCCUUUUCGUAUGCACUGGUUAGCAAAAUUGCGCGGGUAACUAUUGGCUCUCAUUGCCCGUCGAAGAUACUGUAAUUCAGCAACCUUGUCUUCCAUUUCAAUGCAGUGCGUCUCAAGGCGCCGGUAUAGCGCCCUUACGCAACUGCGUUUGUGACUGAUCGAAAGGUUGCUAUUGAAGUUCUGUAUUUGCGUCGUAUUUGUCGCUUUGCUGAACACUUUGGUUUUUAGGCCACCACCAUCUCUGCGGCUGACGAGGACAUCCAGGAAGGCCAGCUGGUUGUUCUCCUCCUCCUCCAUCGUAAUUUUAAUGUCCGGGAAGACGGAGUUGAGAUGUUUUUUGAAUGUCAGCACCUGAUCCCGUUCGAUCCCGUCCGAGGUGAUUCACCAUUUCAAAGAAGCCGAAGGCACGAUCACUGGGACAGUAGGUUUAUUUGCCUGAGCUUUUGAACUCGAACUAGAGAUUAUCAUCAGAGGCUACUCGAGUGCAGCAAAUUGUGAAAAUUUAUAUCGUUCAUCCUUGCGGGGGGGGGAGAGGGAGUACGUCCGUGUCUAGGUAGGGUUUGUGCCGCCUGGUCCACGGUGUUCCCCUGGCGUGGUGACGCCGUUUGUACUUCGCGACGGUGUGAGCUGCGCCACCUGGUUGCGUGGGCGGAGCGCGUGAUACCACGCAGGCAAAUCGAUGUGUCUGUUGAUGGAGUUGGUGUCCGACACCCACGCCUCCAACAGCUCUCGUCAUGCCUUGUUGCCGGCUCGCGCUAAUAUCCGCGUGUUGGCGAAGUCGAACUCAUGCCCUUCCUCCAGCGCGUGAGUGGCUACUUGAGAAACUGGGUCGCCCCUCCGAACGGCCCGUUUAUGCUCAAGUAUUCGUGAGCUCAGUCGUCGUCAUGUCUGGCCUGUGUAGUGUCAAGGACAGUUUUGGCACAGGAUUCGAUAGACUUCGCCCGACUAUUCACCUGCGUCCAGCCGAUCCUUCAUUUUCAUGAUCCUGCUACGCAUGGUAGCCGCCGGAUGAUGAGCAAUACCCACGAGUAGCACGAUGCACUCGGGUAGACUCUGAUGAUGAACUCUAGUUCGAGUUCGAAAGCUCAGUCAAAUAAACCUACUGUCACAUUGAACGUGCCUUCGCCUUCUUUUAAACAAGAACCUGGGUUGCGCAUAUUCUCUUCCAUUCGUGAUUCUGCAUUUCGUCGUAUUUCUCUCGAACAUUUCCUACGAGACAAAUACGACGAAACGGAGAAUCGCCUCGGACACGCCCAAAUUAUCCAGCUCCUGAUGUUCUGUCUCAAGACGUACUUUACGUUCGACGGAACAAUCUACGUGCAGGUGAGGGGAACGCCAAUGGGUUCGCAGAUUUCGGGACUUAUAGCGAAGGUGGUCCUACCAUGGCUGGUGCCGAUGGUUUUCCAACACCACAGACCGAACUUCUGGGCUCGGUAUGUGGAUGACACCUUCUUCGUCAUCGAACGGGAUCAGGUGUUAUCCCUCGGUAACAUAUUCCGUGCUGCGAUUUUCCCUGGGCAGGAGAAUCAGUCACGUGGAGAGGGCGCAGGCGAGCAAUUAUCACAGUGGCAGUGAGCCAGUUUGUCAAGCAAUCGUCACACCAGCAUCCAGUACGGAUGACGAAAUCACGGCCAUUAACGACUCGCACUCGCACAUUUAUAUUUCUUUGUACUUGGCUCUUAUUUAUUCACAGAUGGAAACUUUAGUUCAUGGUCGCGUACGAGUCUUCCUGCAUAGUUUCUCUUACAUAAUUGCUUUGUCCGCAACUAUACCAGAUCCGGCAAACCACUCUAGACGUUUCCUGCCGUGGCAACGGAUCUUUUGGCCUCAUGACUUAGCGCCUAAAUGUUGCUUCCGGCCUGUGUACAACCCCCAACUCCAAGUGGAGUGAGAAGACGACUGACGGCUUCCGAGACGUUCUUCACGUACGAAAGGGCCCGCCAACAUUUGGAGCCGGUUGGAUUUGGUCUCUGGUGUCCGUUUCGUAUGCACUGGUUAACAAGGUUGAGCGGGUAACCAUUGGCUCUCAUUACCCGUCGAAGAUAUUGCAAUUCAGCAACCGUGUCUUACAUUUCACUGCAGUGCAUCUCAACGCGCCGGUAUAGCGACCUUACGCCACUGCGUUUGUGACUGAUGGGGUGCUUGCUAUUGAUUUCAGUAUUUUCGUCGUAUGUGUCGCUUUCCUGAACUUUUUGGUGUUUAGGCCACCACCCUCUCUGCGGCAGACGAGGAUAUCCAAGAAGGCCAGCUGAUUGUUUUCCUCCUCCUCUAUCGUAAAUUGAAUGUCCGGGAAGACGGCGUUGAUAUGUUCUUUGAAUGCCAGCACCUGAUCCCGUUCGAUCCCGUGCGAGGUGAUUCUCCAUUUCGUCGUAUUUCUAGUGUUUCAUCGUAUUUCUCUCGAACUACUCCUACGAGAGAAAUACGACGAAAUGGAGAACCGCCUGGGACACGCCCAAAUUAUCCAGCUCCUGAAGUUCUGUCUCAAGACGUACUUUACGUUCGACGGAACAAUUUACGAGCAGGUGAGGGGAACGUCAAUGGGUUCACCGAUUUCGGGACUCAUAGCCGAGGCGGUCCUACUACGGCUGGAAUCGCUGGUUUUUCUACACCACAGACCGAAACUCCGGGCUCGGUAUGAGGAUGACACCUUCGACGUCAUCGAAAUGGAUCAGGUGCUGACCUCCCGGUACCAAAUUCCGUUCUGCGAUAUUCCCUAG